AUGAUGUCUUUACACCGCAUCUGCCUUGCCGUCCUGGCCGUCGUUCCGUGCGCUACAAUAGCCGCCGAGAUAUGUGCCGGGAUAACAUGUCGCUCUCCGCAUCUAGGAUACGAUGGGGCGUUGCGGCAUCCAAAUGCGACGGGAAAUUUUACGGUGGAUGCGUUCUUAUUUGAUUCUGCAGAUGCUGGCCGAAAAGUGGUAAGGGAUGGUCGCGAUCAUGACCUUGACCAUGAGCAUGGCGACGACGACCACGACGACGACGACGACGACAGGGACCGUGAUGACUACGAUGAUGAUGGCGAUGAGGAGGAUUGGACCUGGUAUACGCGUUUAAUGGACGUAAAUGUUUCGGAGACUGAGAAUAUUGUCCACCAGAGCUUUGAGCUGUACGGUCGAUUGCGGAUUGAUCGCGGCCAUGAUGGCCAUGAUGAUAUUGCAGUACCAAGGAACGUUUGUGCAGUGGUUUUGCAGCCGGUAGACAAAAAGAGUGAGAACGAGGACGGUGAUUGUUCAAGUGUAUUCCGGGAUGAUAAGAUCCGUGAAAUGGAAGAUGAGCUGAGGAGUGCGGUGGGAAGGGUGCAUGGACGGGGCCUCAACAAAUCACCUUGUGGAGAGGUGAGGGGUUUCAAUUUUGACAUAGCUGGAGAUAUAUUAUCCUCGAACAACAUCACCAGUGACAUUAGAGAUCGACGCCUCAUCGCCCAAUACCUCUUCAUCCAGUCUUCGGAUCCUCACAGCCGGGACGACGCGGGGUCAUAUAUUGCCACGUUGAACAAGAUAACACCCAUUUUCCUGCUCUCCUACCCUUCUUCACUACCGACACGGAGCUGGCCUAGUGGUGAUAUGUCAGACCUGAUUCAGACGAGGUUAACGUGUGUGUGGGCGCGAGAUAUUGCAAAAGGGAGCCCCGGCCCGGACCCGGGGCCAGGCCGCGGUGACGGUGACACUGGCGGAGAUAAGGGUGGAGCAAUGAGAUUGGGAAGUGGUGAAGGAGCAAAGUGGACACUUAUAUUAGCCGGGCUUGGGUGGUUUGUUUCAUGGCACUAUUUUUAA